AUUAGAUGCGAUUAAGGUUUUCGACUCUUUUUCUACGAGUUAGACACGCAUCAUUAUCGUCUCUCGUACGAUUCACGAUUGACAACAUGACCAUUUUAUCCCCGUAGCCCUCCUCCGUCUCCAAAAUAGAAUCAGUAAGGCUAGUAGGGCAAAAGUGGUCUUUGCAAAAGCGGGCAGAGGAGCUAUCGAGCUGAGCAACACAGCAAACGCCGUUUGGUCCGUUAUACGUUACGCCCCAAAAGCAGUUAAAUAAGUUAAAUUGAAGGUUUUCCUCUUCUUUUCAUCUGAAUUUUCACAAAUAAAUAGCUCAGAUUACAGAGAGAGAGAGAGAGAGAGAGAGAGAGAGAGAGAGAGUUGAUGAUCCUAAUGACAAGAUUUAAGGAGUCGAAUGAUGAGAAGAUAAGAGAUUCAUUCGACCGAUAGGAGUUGACAUGGCUACAAAUAUCAAAGGUAGUUUUGUGAAGGUUAAGCCGAAUCAAGAUGACUCUGUUGAGAUUCCUAGGAUUGUACUAAACAAGAAGGUGGGCAGUUCAAGCAAACAGAUUGUGGAUUCAAAGCAGAAGCCUAUCUCCACAGUUUCAAAAUCAGAGGUUAAGCCGAAUCAAGAUGACUCUGCUGGGAUUCCUAGGAUUGUACUUACUAACAAGGUGGGCAGUUCAAGCAAACAGAUUGUGGAUUCAAAGCAGAAGCCUGUCUCCACAGUUUCAAAAUCAGAGGUUAAGCCGAAUCAAGGUGACUCUGCUAAGAUUCCUAGGAUUGUACUUACUAACAAGAAGGUGGGCAGUUCAAGCAAACAGAUUGUGGAUUCAAAGCAGAAACCUGUCUCCACAGUUUCAAAAUCAGAGAGAGAACCACUGAGGAUAUUCUAUGAAUCGUUGUCAAAACAGAUACCAUCAAGUGAAAUGGCAGAAUUUUGGAUGAUGGAGCAUGGCUUGUUAUCACCCGAAAGAGCGAAGAAAGCAUAUGAGAAAAAGCAGAAGAGGCAACAGCAACUAAGGAUGGGGACUCCCGUUAAGUCACUGAAUUCGGAUAAACCUGAAAGUUCACAAAAGCAACAGCAGGUAUCCAAGAACAGUGACUCCAAAGUAAAGAAGAGAAUAGUUGAUGAAGAGGAGGAUUAUUAUCUUGUACGGCUCAAGAAAGGAAAAUUUUGAAUUCCACACUUGGAGUCCCUUUGUAACAUUGUAACCUUAGCUUAUUUUAUUGCUUUUGAGUUGGUUUGGCCUUUUCACAUAAUCUGGAAGCCCAAAGGCAAAAUGUUCUUUGAUGUUACAGGUGGAUUAUAGAUUCAGACAUUCUUUGUAAUGUCUAAUUUGUGAGGAAAAAAAAUAAGAAAACUGAAUUCUUGUUUA